AUGGCUGGGGACGUCGCCUCGGGGGUCAUUUUCAAGUUGCUGCUGCCCCUCUUUCUUUUAGUAGCCAUUUCCUUUCGGUACAAUGGACUGUCCCUGGUUUAUCUCUCCUUUCUCCUCCUCGUUCCCCUGUUCCCUGAACCCACAAAUAUCACCAUGCGAGGAAACACAGGGACAUUCCUGCAAUCCAUAUGCUUUACGAGCAUCACCUUCCUGGCUUUACAAGCAGGAUUCCAAAUCACCUUCAUCUACGUCCCACGAGACGUACAGCACCCUUUCAUUAGCACAGUCCCUCUUCACAGACUGAGCGAGGUGAGUGGAUGGAAUACAGUGCGUCUCCUGGCUCCAGACUUGGGGAUGUUCCUUGCUGGGGUUGUGAUAUACAGGCUGUGCAAGAAGCUGGUGAGACCCAGGCAACCCCUCACAGCCCAUGACAACGACAACAUGCAGCCUGACAACGAGGAGAUGGGACAGAUGGAUACAGAGGAAAGUGCCGAGGAGACAGAGGAGUUGACCUACAGCACCACAGAGGAGACAAAAGAGCCAGAAAACAGAAGACCAAAGUUUAUCCUGAAGAUCAUUACCUUCAUAGGAGGACUCCAAUUAUUACUUGGAGAGAUCCUGAACACAGCUGGGAAGGUUGUGGUGACGAUUCUGCUUGGAUUAGCAGGUAUAACGGUGCCCUCGCUGACGUCUGGAUUGUACUUCUUCACUUUCCUGGCCGUGGUGUCGUGGUGGUCCUGCUGCAGGACAAUCAGCCUGGUGCUCUUCAGCAGCCUGUGUGUCAUGAUGGCUAUCUUCAGCAUGGGGCACCUGGUGGGGCUCUACCUGUACCAGCUGCAGUUCUUCCAGGACCUCGUGCCUCCUCACGACAUCUACGCCAGGUUGUUUGGAAUGACAGCGUUCAUCCAGACGAACGCCUCCGAGCCCUCCAGGCUGCAGCUGCACGCUGGGGUGACCUGGCCCGUGUUUCUGAACCCCCUGGUGCUGCUGGUUCUCUACUUCACCCUCGUCGCUCUGCUCCAGAAGUGGGUCUACAUCACUGAGGAGGUCACCCUGCCAAAGUGUGACAGCAAACUCACCAACGGAGCCCACAAUCUGGGCAGGAUGAUGUGGACUUCGGGAAACGACAUGAAAAAAGUAACCAAUGUCAAGAAGUAUUUUGCCUGUGGAGAGGACAGACUUCUUACCAGCAUGGACGAGGAGAUUAGCUCACAUGAGCACGUGACGUAUGUGCCGAAUGGUAACUAUCAGGACUCGGCUGGGCUGAAUAACCAAGAGCAACAUGCUGGAGGCUUCACCCCUCCCAUAUACCUGAGCUCAGAGGAGGAUGCGGAUGAGGAGGAGAGCUCUGAGGCCGACGCAGAGACUCCCUGGAGCCGUGUGGCUGAGCCCAGGGGGCUGAUGGCAUUCGCUCAGUUCAUCAUGAAGCAGAGCUACGUCAGCGCACUCAUCGUCAUGAUGACCUGGAGCAUCACCUACAACAGCUGGCUCACCCUGGUGCUGCUGAUCUGGUCCUGUGUGAUCUGGAUGCUGCGAGACCGCCGGCGCUACGCCUUGCUCAGCUCCCCGUUCCUGGUGCUCUACGGCAACGUGCUGGUCGUCUGCAACUUCUUCACGGGGCUGACGCUGAGGCAGGACGAGCUGUUCCCAGGGAUCCCGGACCCCGUGCUCCAGGACUUGGACCUGAAGCGGUACCCCACCCCCUGUGUGCACCUGGUUGCCAAGGUCACUUACACCUUUACUUUCUGUUUGUUACUACGGCAACACCUGACCGAAAAGAAGGAGCUGGAGACGCUGAGAGAGGAGCCACUGGCUGAGGUGAAAGUGUCAGAGGCGGGGCAGGACGAGAGCAGGGCGGCUGUGAUGGAGGUCCUGGGCUCGCUGAUCAAAGGGACGCUGGUCAAGUACUGGAUCUACUUCUGCUGUUCCAUGUUCUUCGUUGUCAGCUUCUCCGGGAAAGUGGUGGUCUACAAAAUCCUCUACAUCAUGCUGUUCCUCUUCUGCAUAGCCCUGUAUCAGGUGCGUUAUGACCUGUGGCGACGGGUGCUGAAGUAUUUCUGGAUCGUUGUGGUGGCCUAUUCCACGGCCGUUCUGAUCAUCAUCUACAUUUACCAGUUUAAAACAGUCUCCGGGCUCUUCCGACAGACCCUUGGCAUGUCUGAGGAGGGGUUGAGGGAUCUGGGUCUGGAGCAGUAUGACACAGUGGAGCUGUUUGCCCGGAUCCUGCUGCCCUCCUCCUUCCUGCUCGCCUGCAUUCUCCAACUGCACUACUUCAACAGCGACUUCCUGACCCUGACCGACCUGAGCAGCAUCCCCGUCCGAGAGGGGCCCUGCAGGUCCACGAGCAUUGAAGACACAAUGAAAGUGAACGUGUGUGUGAUCGCAACAAGGUUUGGCACAGAACAGCUGAGUGGCUGGAGUGAAGACACUCUGGACCAGAUGGGACUCUCUGAGCUGGACGGGCCGGGGGACGCCAGCGGAGAGGUUUCUGAAGAGGACAUUCUCACCAAGUGGGUGCAGGUGGUGGACAGGGUGACCCUGCUGGUGCUGAAGGCUUUGAGGAUGCUGCACAGAGCGCAGGUGAUAGUGUGGAGAUGCCUGGAGCUGCACAUCAUCAAGAUCAUCUCCACCGCCAUCAUCUGGAUCACGCUUACAGAGGUCUCCCUGAUGAAUUACCUCUUCAUGGUCUUGUGGACGUUCGCGCUGCCCUUCCCGAGGCUCCGCCCCCUCGCAUCCAGCAUCUCCACAGUAUGGGCUUGUGUCAUGAUUGUCUGUAAGAUGAUGUACCAGCUGAAGUUCCUCCGGCCGCACGAGUACUCCUCCAACUGCACCACAAAGCUGCUGCCUGUGAACUGGAGCCACACUCAGACAAACCUGGAAGAGCUGCUGAGGAAGUCUGUGCUGUACACGGCGCCUGUGGACCCUGCAGAAUGGUGUGGGGCGCUGAGGAAGUGUGCAGACAGCAGCCUGCCCUGCCUGCGGAAUCACCUCGCUAUCUUGGCCCUGCUGGCAUUCGAGGUGACCGUGCACCGCCACCAGCUCUACUACCGGCUCCACAACGCUCUGAAACCGCCCGUAACGGAUAGCCUGUUUGAGGGCGUCACUCGGCAGCACCUGGACGAUGGGGUGGUCAGCUGCAUGAAAUACUUCAUCAACUACUUCUUCUACAAGUUUGGACUGGAGGUGUGCUCCGUGGUGGCAGUGAACGUGAUCGGACAGCGGAUGGAUUUCUAUGCCAUGCUCCACUCCUUCGCCCUGAUCGCCGUGCUCUCCAGACGCAGGAGGAAGUCCAUCGCUGAGAUCUGGCCCAAAUACUGCUGCUUCACUGCCAGCCUCAUGACCUUCCAGUACCUGCUGUGCGUCGGCAUCCCUCCUGCACUCUGCACAGAUUACCCCUGGAGGACCGGCAGCACACCCCUGAACUCCAACCUGAUUAAAUGGCUCUACCUGCCAGACUUCGCCAGGAGGCCAAACCCCAUCUUUUUAAUAUAUGACCACAUGCUGCUGCUGUGCGCCUCUCUGCAGUGGCAGGUCUUCGAGGACGAGAACACGACGGCUGUCCGCCUCCUGGCCGGCGACAACGUGGAGAUCAGCCGCAGCCUGGACCCCCGGACCCUCAGCCAGUACAUCCCUGUCCCGGACUUCAUACACUGCAGGUCUUAUCUUGACAUUGUCAAGAUGUUCGUGUUCAGCUACUUCUUCUGGUUUGUGCUGAGCCUGAUCUUCAUCACGGGCACCACACGGAUCAACAUCUUCUGCAUGGGCUACCUGAUCUCCUGCUUCUACUUCAUGCUGUUCGGAGGAAGCCUGCUGCUCAAGCCGGUCCGACACAUCCUGAAGCUGUGGGACCUUCUCAUCGGCUACACGGUCCUGGUCAUCGCCAUGAAGAACAUCCUGUCUCUGGGAGCCUGUGCCUAUCUGCACAUCUUGCUGAAGAACAGCUGCUGGUUCAUCCAGACGUUCAGUAUGGUCUGCACUAUAAAAGAGUAUGACGUCCCCUCCCCCGAUGAUGAGUGUGAGCUCCCGGAGGGCGAGGCAGGGAUCGUCUGGGACGCUAUCUGCUUCACCUUCCUCCUGGCCCAGAGGAGGGUCUUCGUCAGCUACUACUUCCUUUACAUAGUGGCUGAUCUGAAGACCUCCAAGAUCCUAGCUUCCAGGGGUGCCGAGCUGUUUGAGGCCAAGGUGAAGAAGGGGAUUGCAGCGAGGCUGGAGCUGGAGAAGAAAUCCAUGGAACUGCUGAAGAAACAGAUGGAGAAGAUUAAAAUGAAACAGAGGAAGAUUGAGGACGGGAAAGCCAUCGCUCCAGCACAGGGGGUCCUGCCGGAGCGGGAAGAGGAGGCUCAGCGAGACAGGGAUGAAAAGGGGGACCAGAGUGAUAAGAAGAAAUGGUGGCAGCCAUGGGUGAACCACACCACCAUGAUCCGCAGCGGCAGCUACUACCUCUUUGAGAGCGACAGCGAGGAUGACGAAGAUGAACAGGAAGAGAAGGAGGAAGAAGCCCCCAAAAAGAAAACAAGCUUGCAGCUGGCUUACGAAGCCUGGUCCACCAGCUCCAAAGCUGCUCUGAAGGUCAGGAAAGAAGAAGAGUCGGCUCUGAGGAAAGAGCAAAAGAGAAAAGCAAAACUGGAGCGGCAGCAGCAACAAGGCAUGGAGUCAGCGGAGUUAAGCGAAGAUGAGCUCGAUCAAACCACUGACGAUGACGAGGUUGUGGAAGAGGAAGAGAAUGUGAUCCAGCGUAUCAUAGACACAGUGAAGUUUGCCUGGGUCUUCAUUCUGUCUCUCACUGACGACCUGAUUGAGGGGCUGAACUCCUUCUGUAAAGACUACCUGGACAUCGCCAAAGUGUUACGAUUCGAGCGAGCCAUGCUGGGGCAACAACUGAAAAAAGGGAAACAGGCAUCCCAGGCCACUAUCCAGGCGUUUUACAGGGCCAGGUUAUCGCAGCAGGCUACUCUAGAGUCACCUGCAGAGGAGGAACAGGUGACCCCCUCACCGUCUUCCCGGGGGUACCAGAAAGUGGCCAGCUCCGACUCCAAGCUCUCCUGGGGAAGCAGUGAAUCCAGCUGCCCGAUGGAAGUGACCACCCUGGUCUCACGGCAGCCCCCCCAGGAUGACCUGGAGGAGCCCCCUGCCCCUCCUGACACGCCCCCACCCAGGGCCAGCGACCGCCUCCGCAGAAAGCUCCUCAAGACCGCGAACUUCGACAUGUCCUCCAUUGACAGCGACAGUGUGGUUUUAUGCAGCCACACAGGCAUGACUUAUGAAGACGAGGAGGAUGAGGAGGAUGAGGAGGACGCGGAGAGGCUUCAGGACCGGAUCAAGUACCUGGAUCCCUUCCCUGCCUCGUUGGAUGGACUGGGACCAUGCCCAGUGCGGGGGGAGUCCCUGGACAAGAUCGACCUGGAGAGUCCGAGGCCGCUCACGCAGGACACACGCACCCUGACCGCCAGCGAGCUGCUGCUCAACAAGAUGUUCCAGGAUGAAGGGAUGGGGCAGUCGGAAAGGUUCUUCCAGGACCUGCCUCGGCCGCUCAGGGUGCUCCUGGCCCUCUACAACACCAUGGUGUGCAAGUCUGAGAUGCUGAGCUACUUCGUCAUCAUCCUGAACCACAUGGUGUCAGCUUGCAUCCUGUCACUGGUGCUGCCCAUCCUCAUCUUCCUCUGGGCCAUGCUGUCCGUGCCCCGCCCCACCAAGCGCUUCUGGAUGACAGCCAUUAUCUACACCGAGAUCAUCGUGUUUGUGAAGUACCUCUUUCAGUUCGGGUUCUUCCCCUGGACCACCACUGCCUACAGAGGGAUCAACGCGGACCGGCCCUUCGCUCUCCCGAACAUCGUCGGGGUGGAGAAGAAGGACGGCUAUGUGAUCUUUGACCUGGUGCAGCUGCUCGCCUUGUUCUUCCACAGGUCCAUUCUGAAGUGUCAUGGCCUGUGGGACAAUAAGGAGGUUGACAUACCGGACUUUCUCAAAAAGUUAAAGCGGAAGAAACAGAAGAGACGAGAGCCUGCCAAGGAUGAAGACAAGGGCAGAGACGGCACUUCACCCUUCGUCUACCUCCAGGGCUCCACAGGACUGGGCUUCAGGAGGCGUAAGAGAGAGGGAGACCACACAGAGGGGAAAGGUACGGAGCUUUUCAGAAACAAAGAGCCUCCCAAAAGAAAAAAGUCUCUGAAAAACAGAUCCACAACCAGAAAGGGAAUAAUCAGGGAAAAGAUCAAGAAGAUGAUGCUGGAGGCUAAAUCCAAGUCUAUAGAAAUAGCUCUCCAGGUCUACCUGCCGGUACGACAGUUCUUCUAUGACAUCAUCCACCCUGAAUACAGCCCGGUGUGUGACGUCUACGCCCUGAUGUUCCUCGUCGAUGUCAUUAACUUCAUUAUCAUCAUUUUCGGAUACUGGGCGUUUGGGAAGUACGGCGCGGCGGCAGACAUCACAGAGUCCCUGUCGGAGGACCAGGUCCCCGAAGCCUUCCUGGUCAUGCUGCUCAUCCAGUUCGGCACCAUGAUAGUGGACCGGGCUCUGUACCUGCGCAAGACGCUGCUCGGGAAGUGCGUCUUCCAGGUGGUGCUGGUCUUCGGGAUCCACUUCUGGAUGUUCUUCAUCCUGCCGGGGGUCACAGAGAGGAGGUUCAACCAGAACCAAGUGGCCCAGCUCUGGUACUUUGUCAAGUGCUUGUAUUUUGGCCUCUCUGCCUACCAGAUCAAAUGUGGCUACCCAAACCGGGUCCUCGGCAACUUCCUGACCAAGAGUUACAACUACGUGAACCUGUUCCUCUUUCAGGGAUUCCGCAUGGUCCCCUUCCUCACGGAGCUGCGCGCUGUCAUGGACUGGGUGUGGACGGACACAACGCUCAGUCUGUCCAGCUGGAUCUGUGUGGAGGACAUCUACGCCAACAUCUUCAUUCUCAGGUGCUGGAGAGAGUCUGAGAAGAAAUACCCGCAGCCCUCCGGCCAGAAGAAGAAGAUGAUUGUGAAGUACGGGAUGGGCGGCCUGAUCAUCUUCUCCCUCAUCUCCAUCAUCUGGUUCCCCCUUCUCUUCAUGUCGCUGGUCAAGUCUGUGGCCGGAGUCACGAACCAGCCCUUGGACGUCUCCAUUCAACUCAGCAUUGGGGGUUACGAGCCUUUAUUUACAAUGAGCGCCCAGCAGCAAAACCUGGCCCCUUAUUCUCAAUCUGCAUUCAACCAAAUGAUCAACCUGUUUGCAACCAAUCCAUCUGCCAUGCAGUUUAUAGUGAACUACAUGCCGGAGGAUAUCGUCACUGCCAAAAUCAAAACCGACGCCAGCUUGCUGUGGAGCAUUAGCCCAGCCAGCCGAGAGGCAAUGAUUGAAGAGCUGAGCAAUUCAUCUCAAAUCUACAUCACCCUGCAAUGGACUAUACUCAGGAACGUCUCUCUCGUCAUGAACGCCGAGACGGUUGGGAAGCACACGGUGAGGUACGAAGAUAAAGAGAUGAUGGAUCAGAUCGUUCAGAUGCUAAGAGGGAGCAGGAAGGAGCCAGUGAUUAUCAAGUCUCUCUUGCCCAAAUACAUAAGAGCUCCCUCUGGCCCUGAAGCAAAGAUUAUCAAUCGUCUCUAUGUAGUCCACUCUAACAGGACGGGCAGCUCCUUCAGACCCCUCGCUAUAAAACUUCAGCAGGUCAACGUCAGCCUCUCCUCGGAGCUGGCCCUGGAGUGGUGGGUGGUGCGCGAGUGCCGGGAGGGCAGCGAGAGGGCGGGCCCCAGCUGUGACCACAUCGAGCUGGUCAUCUUCAACGACAAGGUCAGCCCUUCCAGCCUGGGCUUCCUCGCAGGAUACGGCAUCGUGGGCCUCUACAUGUCGGUGGUGCUGGUGAUCGGGAAGUUCGUGCGCGAGUUCUUCAACGGGAUCUCGCGCUCCAUCAUGUUCGAGGAGCUGCCCUGCGUGGACCGCGUGCUCAAGCUGUGCACCGACAUCUUCGUGGUGCGGGAGACCGGAGAGUUGGAGCUGGAGGAGCAGCUCUUCUGCAAGCUCAUCUUCCUGUACCGCUCCCCCGAGACCAUGAUCAAGAUGACCCGCGAGAAGGAGGAGGGAGGGAGAGACAGAGCCAGCUAGGGAAUCGGAGAGGCAACUGCAAACUGGGUUUGAACAUGCUGCUUAGCAGUGAUGUCGGGAUAUUACUCUGCGAUGGAUCAGCAACUCAUUAUAAUAAGACAGAGUAGUGUAACACUCGCAAUCUUCAUCGAGGAAACAGUGCAAACGAACAGAAGAGUCGACACGAGAGAACAAUUAUCAGCAAGGAAACGGCGCUGUUCUAGAUGUAAACACAGGACCGUGCAUGCU